UCCCGGCGCGGGUGUGAGCCGGCUGAGCCGCGGCGCGGGGCUGCUCACCACGGCGGCGCUCGCAGGGAGAGCGACUGCUCGGGCUCGCUUUGUGGCCGGCUGUCCCCCCGCCGAGCGCCCCCGGCCGGAGCGCAGAGGGAGGGGGCGCGCUCUCAAGACCCCGCCGCCCUCCCCCAGUCCGGGGGAGGAAUGUGCCACCAGCUGUUCUCCGCUCGCGAGCGCUUCGCCCAGGAGUGAGCAACUUGGAGGAAGAAGAGACAAAGGCUGCCGGUGGGACGGAUGAGUUAGAGACUUGGGUUCGGGCAAACAAAAGGUGAGCAAGACGAGAAGGGAUCAGGGCAUGGCAGCGGGGGAGCCCCGCGGGCUCGAGCUCCCGGGAGCAGCGCCGUGACACGCAUGCUGUCCCCGGACCGGCUGCUACGCUGACUUCCGCGAGCUGGGAGCCGGACGCGGCGAGUUGGGGACUGCGCCGGAACAAUGGAUAACUUCUUCCCCGAGGGAACACGGGUCUGGCUGAGAGAAAACGGCCAGCAUUUUCCAAGUACUGUAAAUUCCUGUGCAGAAGGCGUGGUUGUCUUCCGGACAGACUAUGGUCAGGUAUUCACUUACAAGCAGAGCACAAUUACCCACCAGAAGGUGACCGCUAUGCACCCUAGGAAUGAGGAGGGGGUGGACGACAUGGCCUCCUUGACUGAGCUCCAUGGGGGCUCCAUCAUGUAUAACUUAUUCCAGCGAUACAAGAGAAACCAAAUAUAUACGUCCAUCGGCUCCAUCCUGGCCUCCGUGAACCCCUACCAGCCGAUCGCCGGCCUGUACGAGCGCGCCGCCAUGGAGCGCUACAGCAGGUGCCACCUGGGCGAGCUGCCCCCGCACAUCUUCGCCAUCGCCAACGAGUGCUACCGCUGCCUGUGGAAGCGCCAUGACAACCAGUGCGUCCUCAUCAGUGGUGAAAGUGGGGCAGGUAAAACCGAAAGCACCAAGUUGAUCCUCCAGUUUCUAUCAGUCAUCAGUCAGCAGUCUUCAGAAUCGUCCUUAAAGGAGAAGACAUCCUGUGUUGAACAAGCUAUCCUUGAAAGCAGUCCCAUCAUGGAAGCUUUCGGCAACGCGAAGACAGUGUACAACAACAACUCCAGUCGCUUCGGGAAGUUUGUUCAGCUGAACAUCUGUCAGAAGGGAAAUAUUCAGGGCGGGAGGAUUGUAGAUUAUUUAUUAGAAAAAAAUCGAGUAGUAAGGCAAAAUCCUGGGGAAAGGAAUUAUCACAUAUUCUAUGCACUGCUGGCAGGGCUGGACCAUGAAGAAAGAGAAGAAUUUUAUUUAUCUGUGCCAGAAAACUACCACUACUUGAAUCAGUCUGGAUGUGUAGAAGACAAGACGAUCAGUGACCAGGAAUCCUUUAGUGAAGUUAUUACGGCAAUGGAAGUAAUGCAGUUCAGCAAGGAGGAAGUUCGGGAAAUUCUGAGGCUGCUUGCUGGGAUACUACAUCUUGGGAACAUAGAAUUUAUCACUGCUGGUGGGGCGCAGGUUUCCUUCAAAACAGCUUUGGGCAGGUCUGCAGAGUUACUUGGGCUGGACCCAACACAGCUCACGGAUGCUCUGACCCAGAGAUCGAUGUUCCUCAGGGGAGAAGAGAUCCUGACACCUCUCAAUGUUCAACAGGCAGUAGACAGCAGAGACUCCUUGGCCAUGGCACUUUAUGCACGCUGCUUCGAGUGGAUGAUCAUGAAGAUCAAUAGCAGGAUCAAAGGCAAAGAUGACUUCAAAUCUAUUGGCAUCCUCGACAUCUUUGGAUUUGAAAACUUCGAGGUUAAUCACUUUGAGCAGUUCAAUAUAAACUAUGCAAAUGAGAAACUUCAGGAAUACUUUAACAAGCAUAUUUUUUCUUUGGAGCAGCUAGAAUAUAGCAGGGAAGGAUUAGUGUGGGAAGAUAUUGACUGGAUAGACAAUGGAGAAUGCCUAGACUUGAUUGAGAAGAAACUUGGCCUCCUGGCCCUUAUCAAUGAAGAAAGCCAUUUUCCUCAAGCUACAGACAGCACCUUAUUAGAGAAGUUACACAACCAACAUGCUAAUAACCACUUUUAUGUGAAACCCAGAGUUGCGCUCAACAAUUUUGGAGUGAAACACUACGCUGGAGAGGUGCAGUACGAUGUCCGAGGUUUCUUGGAGAAGAACAGAGAUACCUUUAGAGAUGACCUUCUCAACCUGCUAAGAGAGAGCCGAUUUGACUUCAUCUAUGACCUGUUUGAACAUGUUUCAAGCCGCAACAACCAGGAUACCUUGAAAUGUGGCAGCAAACAUCGGCGGCCCACAGUCAGCUCACAGUUCAAGGACUCACUGCAUUCCUUAAUGGCAACGCUAAGCUCCUCUAAUCCUUUCUUUGUUCGCUGUAUCAAACCAAACAUGCAAAAGAUGCCAGACCAGUUUGACCAGGCAGUUGUGCUAAACCAGCUGCGCUACUCGGGGAUGUUGGAGACGGUGAGAAUCCGCAAAGCUGGGUACGCAGUGCGAAGACCCUUCCAGGAUUUUUACAAAAGGUAUAAAGUGCUGAUGCGGAACCUGGCUCUCCCCGAGGACGUCCGAGGGAAGUGCACGGCCCUGCUGCAGCUCUACGACGCCUCCAACAGCGAGUGGCAGCUGGGGAAGACCAAGGUCUUUCUUCGAGAAUCCUUGGAGCAAAAGCUGGAGAAACGGCGAGAGGAAGAAGUUACCCAGGCGGCCAUGGUGAUCCGCGCCCACAUCUUGGGCUACUUGGCACGAAAGCAGUACAGGAAGGUCCUUUAUUGUGUGGUAGUAAUCCAGAAGAAUUAUAGAGCAUUCCUUCUGAGGAGGAGAUUUUUGCACCUGAAAAAAGCAGCCAUCGUUUUCCAGAAGCAACUCAGAGGUCAGAUUGCUCGUAGAGUUUACCGACAACUGCUGGCCGAGAAGCAGGAGCAGGAAGAAAAGAAGAAACGGGAGGAAGAAGAAAGAGAAAGAGAGAGAGCCCGAAGAGAAGCUGAGCUCCACGCCCAGCAGGAGGAAGAAGCAAAGAAGCAGCGAGAGCUCGAAGCCUUGCAGAGGAGCCAGAAGGAGGCAGAGCUGACCCAGGAACUGGAGAGGCAGAAAGAAAACAAGCAGGUGGAAGAGAUCCUCCGCCUGGAGAAGGAGAUUGAGGACCUGCAGCGCAUGAAGGAGCAGCAGGAGCUCUCGCUGACCGAGGCCUCCCUGCAGAAGCUGCAGCAGCUGCGGGACGAGGAGCUCCGGAGGCUGGAAGACGAAGCCUGCCGCGCCGCCCAGGAGUUCCUCGAGUCCCUCAACUUCGACGAGAUCGACGAGUGUGUGCGGAACAUCGAGCGCUCCCUGUCCCUGUCCGUCGAGCUCGGCGAGCUGGCUGAGAGCGCGAGCGGGGACAAGCCCAGCUUCAACUUCAGCCAGCCCUACCCGGAGGAGGAGGUGGAUGAGGGCUUCGAGGCCGACGACGACGCCUUCAAGGACUCCCCCAACCCCAGCGAGCACGGCCACUCGGACCAACGCACAAGUGGCAUCCGCACCAGCGACGACUCUUCCGAGGAGGACCCCUACAUGAACGACACGGUGGUGCCCACCAGCCCCAGUGCGGACAGCACAGUGCUGCUCGCCCCGUCUGGCCACGACUCCUCCAGCGGGGAGUCCACCUACUGCAUGCCCCAGAACACCGGGGACCUGCCCUCUCCGGACGGCGACUACGACUAUGACCAGGACGAUUAUGAGGAUGGCGCCAUCACCUCCGGCAGCAGCGUGACCUUCUCCAACUCCUGCGGUAGCCAGUGGUCCCCAGACUACCGCUGCUCUGUGGGGACCUACAACAGUUCCAGCGCCUACCGCUUCAGCUCCGAAGGGGCGCAGUCCUCGUUUGAAGAUAGCGAAGAGGACUUUGACUCUAGGUUUGAUACAGAUGAUGAACUCUCUUACCGGCGCGACUCGGUGUACAGCUGUGUCACGCUGCCGUACUUCCACAGCUUCCUGUACAUGAAAGGUGGCUUAAUGAACUCCUGGAAACGCCGCUGGUGUGUCCUCAAGGACGAAACCUUCCUGUGGUUCCGCUCCAAGCAGGAGGCGCUCAAGCAAGGCUGGCUCCACAAAAAAGGCGGAGGUUCCUCUACACUGUCCAGGAGAAAUUGGAAGAAGCGCUGGUUCGUUCUCCGCCAGUCCAAGCUGAUGUACUUUGAAAAUGACAGUGAGGAAAAGCUCAAGGGCACCGUAGAAGUCCGGACGGCAAAAGAGAUCAUAGAUAACACCAGCAAAGAGAACGGGAUUGAUAUCAUUAUGGCCGAUAGGACCUUCCACCUGAUCGCCGAGUCCCCGGAAGAUGCCAGCCAGUGGUUCAGCAUGCUCAGUCAGGUCCACGCUUCCACCGACCAGGAGAUUCGGGAGAUGCACGACGAGCAGGCGAACCCGCAGAACGCCGUGGGCACUUUGGAUGUGGGGCUGAUUGAUUCCGUGUGCGCCUCGGACAGCCCCGAUAGACCCAAUUCCUUUGUGAUCAUCACGGCCAACCGGGUGCUGCACUGCAACGCCGACACGCCGGAGGAGAUGCACCACUGGAUCACGCUGCUGCAGAGGUCCAAGGGGGACACCAGAGUGGAGGGCCAGGAAUUCAUAGUGAGAGGAUGGUUGCACAAAGAAGUAAAGAACAGUCCGAAGCUGUCUUCCCUGAAACUGAAGAAACGGUGGUUUGUGCUGACUCACAAUUCCCUGGAUUACUACAAGAGCUCAGAGAAGAACGCACUGAAGUUGGGCACGCUGGUCCUCAACAGCCUCUGCUCGGUCGUCCCCCCCGACGAGAAGAUCUUCAAAGAGACAGGCUACUGGAAUGUCACCGUGUACGGGCGCAAGCACUGUUACCGGCUCUACACCAAGCUGCUCAAUGAGGCCACCAGGUGGUCCAGCGCCAUUCAAAAUGUGACUGACACCAAGGCCCCGAUCGACACCCCCACCCAGCAGCUGAUUCAAGAUAUCAAGGAGAACUGCCUGAACUCGGAUGUGGUGGAGCAGAUCUACAAGCGGAACCCGAUCCUUCGAUACACCCAUCACCCCCUGCAUUCUCCACUGCUGCCGCUUCCCUACGGAGACAUAAAUCUCAACUUGCUCAAAGAUAAAGGCUACACAACCCUUCAGGAUGAAGCCAUCAAGAUAUUCAAUUCCCUCCAGCAACUGGAAUCCAUGUCUGACCCUAUUCCAAUAAUCCAGGGCAUCCUACAGACAGGGCAUGACCUCCGACCUCUGCGAGAUGAGCUGUAUUGCCAACUCAUCAAACAGACCAACAAAGUGCCCCAUCCCGGCAGCGUGGGGAACCUGUACAGCUGGCAGAUCCUGACAUGCCUGAGCUGCACCUUUCUGCCAAGUCGAGGGAUUCUCAAGUAUCUCAAGUUCCAUCUGAAAAGGAUACGGGAACAGUUUCCGGGGACUGAGAUGGAAAAAUACGCCCUCUUCACUUAUGAAUCUCUUAAGAAAACAAAAUGCAGAGAGUUUGUGCCUUCCCGAGAUGAAAUAGAAGCUCUGAUCCACAGGCAGGAAAUGACGUCCACAGUGUAUUGCCAUGGCGGAGGCUCCUGCAAGAUUACCAUCAACUCCCACACCACAGCCGGGGAGGUAGUGGAGAAGCUGAUCAGAGGCCUGGCCAUGGAGGACAGCAGGAACAUGUUCGCCUUGUUUGAGUACAAUGGACACAUGGACAAAGCCAUUGAAAGCCGAACCAUCGUAGCUGAUGUCUUAGCAAAGUUUGAAAAGCUGGCUGCCACCUCAGAGGCGGGGGACCUGCCGUGGAAGUUCUACUUCAAACUUUACUGCUUCCUGGACACAGACAACGUGCCAAAAGACAGCGUGGAAUUUGCAUUUAUGUUUGAACAGGCCCAUGAAGCAGUGAUCCACGGCCACCAUCCAGCCCCUGAAGAAAACCUCCAGGUUCUGGCUGCCUUGCGCCUCCAGUACCUGCAGGGGGAUUAUACUCUGCACGCCGCGGUCCCACCUCUCGAAGAGGUUUAUUCCCUGCAGAGACUUAAGGCCCGCAUCAGCCAGUCGACCAAAAGCUUCACCCCGAGCGAGCGGCUGGAGAAGAGGCGGACGAGCUUCCUGGAGGGGACACUGAGGCGGAGCUUCCGGACGGGCUCUGUCGUACGGCAGAAGGUCGAGGAGGAGCAGAUGGUGGACAUGUGGAUUAAGGAAGAAGUCUCCUCUGCUCGGGCCAGUAUCAUUGACAAGUGGAAGAAAUUUCAGGGAAUGAACCAGGAACAGGCCAUGGCCAAGUACAUGGCCUUGAUCAAGGAAUGGCCUGGCUAUGGGUCGACGCUCUUUGAUGUGGAGUGCAAGGAGGGUGGCUUUCCCCAGGAACUCUGGUUGGGCGUCAGCGCAGAUGCCGUCUCUGUCUACAAGCGUGGGGAGGGAAGACCACUAGAAGUCUUCCAGUACGAACACAUCCUCUCUUUUGGGGCACCCCUGGCAAAUACAUACAAGAUCGUAGUUGAUGAGCGGGAGCUGCUCUUUGAAACCAGUGAGGUGGUGGACGUGGCCAAGCUCAUGAAGGCGUACAUCAGCAUGAUCGUGAAGAAGCGCUACAGCACCACGCGCUCCCUGAGCAGCCAGGGCAGCUCCAGGUGAAGGCUGCAGCUAGCCCAUGUGUCUCUGGUAUCCAAGCGCACCACCCUCUGGCCUCAGCUGGCUCCAGUGUGUGAGCCCAGCCGAAAGCAGAGCGGCCCAGGCUUUCUGGAAAGCUCUCAUCAGAGAGAGGUGUCUCUGAGGGUCCUUUUGCCCUGUCAACUUCAGUGAUCAUGUAUUAAGCUGUCAACCUUAAUAAUCUGCACAAUUUCCAAAGCUUUACUACGCUUAGAUGACACAUGCCUUAUAAAAGAAAGGGGAGAAAAACCAUGCUGCCUCCAAAGCAGCCAGAAGUGCCUUAAUUUGUGCAACCAACACUAAUCGACCUUAACUGUGCUACUGAAGGGGACUGCUUCCCCCGCCCCUUUGGGGAGACUUACAGAGCUUGGGGGAUGGAGGAGAUUGUCCAUCAAUUAUGCACUAACCUCCCAACCUGAUUUCCCUGAAUUAUGAGGGAAGGUGAGGGUGUGGGGAGGGGAACAGAGAGCCCAAGGGGACAGUAUGUUUUAGGUGGAGUGCUGCUGGCAGCCUUCCUCGUGGACGUGUAUUAACUUUUUCUUUCUUUCAUCUUUUAAGUGUACGUGCUUGCCCAUGCAUGCAUGUGUUCGUAAACUCCACACUUUAAUCAUCAUUUCAUGAGCAUUAAAAGCAAAGGGAAAAAAGGACGUGCAAUGGUGUGAACAGUCUGUCUGUAUAUUUUAAUAGUUCAGAGAUAUAGUCUUCAGUUAUUACUUUAUAAGGUGGUUUUAUUAACAAACCGGAAUCCUGGAUUUUCCUGUCUUUGCUGUAUUUCAAAAAACGUGUUUUGACUCAGUUUUGUUUUACAUGUAGCAAAGUCUGCAAUCUGUGUCUGCUGUAUUACAAACAGAUGCGCAGCCUACAAGAUAAUAACUGUAUUUAUAAACCACUCGUAAACAGCGGACUCCAAUGCUAUUUUUAGAACAAUAUGAAGUCAUUUUGGAGUGUUUCAUUUCUAAAAGAUUUAAGUUAAAAAAAAUGUUUCUUUGAAGGUUAGCUUGUACCACUCCAGAUAGAUUGCAAAUAUAACCAUGUUGAAUGUGGGGGAGAGAUGCUGCAUUCCUGAAAGGCAUAACAUGUGAGUGAAUCUUUAAAGGACCCUGACAUUAAAUGCGGAGGCUUUAAUAAAAUACAUACAUAUUUUAUCCCAAGUUUAUAAUGGUGGUCUGAACAUGACACCUGUAAAUAAAUCAGCAUUUGUGACCAGAAGAAAAGUAAUCUGGUUUUGGACUUCUAUUUUUAUAUGGAAAAGUUAUAAAGACUUGGGCCAGCAAAGUCUACAAGAAAAAAGAAACUUGCCUUAUCCCUUAUGGAGAACCGUGCGAAAUUGUUGUUUGUUGGCUCACAGAAAGUCUGACAAUAAAAGGUAUUAGCUGA